AUGACCGCUGUGUAUCAGGAAGGUGUACCAUCAUAUGACACAGUGGUCAGGUGGAAGAGGAGCUUUCAUUGUGGAAACACAAACCUUGAAGAUGAACCCAGAAGUGGAAGACGAUCUCUCGUUGAGGAAGCGGGAAUUGUGACACAGGUGGAAGCUUUGAUCCUAUCCGAUAGGUGCUCAACUAUUGAAGCUAUUGUUCAUGAGAUCAGCAGGAGCCAUGGGCCAGUUUUUGACAUCAUCCAUGAUGAAUUACACGUGACAAAGGUCGCUGUGCAUUGGAAGCCACAACUGCUGACACCAGUUCAAAAACAGCAAUGGAUGGAUGUGACAAAGAAACUUUUGCAGUUGUGUCAAGACAAAAAGGUGGAAUUUUUCGACUGCCUGAUCACGAUGGAUGAAAGCUGGGUCUAUCAUUAUGACCCUGAAACAAAGGAAAUGAGCAAACAGUGGAAACAUGUAGACUCACCGCCACCAAAGAAGGCCAAAUCCCAGCCGUCAACAGGAAAGGUAAUGUUGAGUGUGUUCUGGGAUCGGCAGGGUGACAUCAUGACCAACAACGCACAAAAGGGUGUCACAAUCACUGGCAAGUACUACUGGAAUCUUCUGAGAAAAUUACAGGAGGCAAUCAAGAAAAAUCUAUGUGAAAUGCUGGGAAAAGGGGUGCGACUUCUCCACGACAAUGCACUGGCUCAUGCUACAACACUAGCUGCCAGUUUGGGAUAUGAAAUUCUUCUCCCAUCACCAUUUUCACCAGUCCUGGCACCAAGCAACUUCUUCCUCUUUACGCAGCUAAUGAAGCCACUUCGUGGUAAGCGAUUCCAAGAUGUCAUUUCUGCAGUGGAGGACUUCCUAGACAGUCAAAAUGAGACCUUCUAUAAUCAAGGUAUUCAACAGCUAAGGCAUCGGGGAAAAUGUGCGGCCUUGGAGGGGGAAUAUGUAGAGGAUUAA